UUAUCGCUGAGGAAUACAGUUAAACAAUUGGCUCUUGUCACACACCGAAUCCCGCACUUGAAGCGCCUCCGCCGCUACUAUUUUGCAGCCGGUCCCGUGCUUCUGAGGCUUUGCACUGAUCAUUGCAAAUUUCUGCAAGAGGAACACAUCAGAACACGCUAGUUCUUGCGCUGUAGGCAAAGAUGGUGCUACUUGAGCCGGAUCCGUUCUUGUCCGAGCUCCACAAGAUGUAUGAGCGCAACAAGAGUGGCAGCGUGUGGAUUACAAUGAAGCGGUCAAAUAUGAAGCCGCGCAAGGCCAAGAAGCCGGACCCAACGCGGGAGUAUGUGUGUCUCAUACGUGCCAACGACGGCAAGCGGCACAUUUCCACGACCGUCAGCCCCACGCAGUACGCUAAGUUCAGCCAGAGCAUGGUCAUCAUCAUGAAGGGCGCCAUGGCUGACACGUUGAAACGCAAGGAGAAGAAGAAGGACAAGUGAGAACACGCAGGCCUGGUGGCAGCGCAAGGCAGGCUUGGCCUUAGCUUUCAGGCGGCGGCGGGGCUUCAAUCAGCUGUUGAUACAGAGCUGCCCCUGUCAAUGACAGGCACGUACAUUGUAUGGAAGUGAGGCCAUAGACGUGAUGCUUGGAGCUAUGCGGAGUGUGGUUAUGGCCCUGGUGCGAAACGGGGCACGCGUGGCUGUGUGACCCUGGCACAAAGGCGGUGCGUGGUACACGGCGGUGCGUGGUACACGUAGCGCUAGGCUUAGCAGGUUGGCGAUGAGGCUAACGCUUCGGUGGGGGCGCCUCAGCGCCUAGGUAUGGUGUCGUGGCGGUGUCAUGCGGCGCCUGUGGAUUAGCGAGUAGUAGGCCGUGAGAUGUCUGAUGACGCUUGGGGUAUGUAUGGGGUUUGUGAUGGCAGCGCGGACGGCGUGCCGGUCGUAUGUACCGCCGAUUACUGGCUAUCACAAGGCAGAUAGAUGCUUGGGAACAUGCUUUCGCCUGCAUUGCGAGUGACGGCGUCCCAAGAGUCCGAAUCGAAUGCUAUUUUAGACUUUUGGUGGCUGUCAGCUGUACGCCACUGCAUCGUCGCCAGCCUCGCCGCGGCACAUGGGGGCGGGAUCCAUGCAGCGGCGCCCAUACUUACCACGCUUGGCCGGCGCCAGUACAUACUACCAGUACAGCUCGCCCGGUGCAGCCGCCGUUCAGCCCUCUAAUCAGCCCGGCCCCAGCUAGGCAGCCACCCUGCUUCACUUGCUCGGCAGCUUUGCCCGGCAUCGGCUACUGACAUCCGCCACGCCGCUUCUUUCUUCUCCCGUUUCUUUCCGCUUGCCCACGCAUAUGCUCCAUGGGCGCCCGCGGAUGCCUGGCUCCGUUCCAGGUGGGUGCAUUUUGUGGGUUUCGCGUUGUCGCGGCGAAUGGCAGCAGCCUAGUUGCGAGCUGGAACGCGUCCGCCCCUGCAAGCGGCAGCAGUCUCCACGACACUCGGACUCCGUUUGGCGUGCCGAAUGCGGAGCAGCGUGGAGCGCGCACCGGUGUCUCGUCUCGAAGGUAACAAGUAACCGCAUUGCCGCUGACACUAACUUCUUUCGUGAUGUUUAUUGCUAGCCUGGAGCUCGCGACGGCGUCUUGCAUUCGCAUUCACUCGCAAGCACUUCGUUAACAGGGCGUAUCAGGGAUAAUCGCCCCUGGGCCCCGGCAAGUUCACGCCGGUAUCUGUUGCCCAGUGGCAGGGACCCACUCGAGGUUCCGCCCUCGAGCGUUUGGAACUGGCGAGCCUCCCGCUUGCGGGUGCAGCCUGAGCAUUCACGCGGCCGCAUGCACGCGAUUGCAGCACUGCGCGGACGGGUCGUCGUCGUCUUACACCUUGGUUAUUUGGUUCUGGAGAAUUUGUUUCUUGGUUUGGCUUUUCAGCGGUUUCGGGUACAUGCCGUGGACACGCACCGAGCUCGGCCAGCCCUCCGCCCGCCGCCCACUCAGCUGUCAGCACGGUUCCCCCACCCGGCCGGCCCCGCUGCACCGUGCGUGGGCCGGUCCCUGGACGGGUGUGGGGAACCGCACAGCGGUCCGCGCCCGUCCGUCUCAGCUGUCAGCUGUACGCCACUGCAUCGUCGCCAGCCUCGCCGCGGCACAUGGGGGCGGGAUCCAUGCAGCGGCGCCCAUACUUACCACGCUUGGCCGGCGCCAGUACAUACUACCAGUACAGCUCGCCCGGUGCAGCCGCCGUUCAGCCCUCUAAUCAGCCCGGCCCCAGCUAGGCAGCCACCCUGCUUCACUUGCUCGGCAGCUUUGCCCGGCAUCGGCUACUGACAUCCGCCACGCCGCUUCUUUCUUCUCCCGUUUCUUUCCGCUUGCCCACGCAUAUGCUCCAUGGGCGCCCGCGGAUGCCUGGCUCCGUUCCAGGUGGGUGCAUUUUGUGGGUUUCGCGUUGUCGCGGCGAAUGGCAGCAGCCUAGUUGCGAGCUGGAACGCGUCCGCCCCUGCAAGCGGCAGCAGUCUCCACGACACUCGGACUCCGUUUGGCGUGCCGAAUGCGGAGCAGCGUGGAGCGCGCACCGGUGUCUCGUCUCGAAGGUAACAAGUAACCGCAUUGCCGCUGACACUAACUUCUUUCGUGAUGUUUAUUGCUAGCCUGGAGCUCGCGACGGCGUCUUGCAUUCGCAUUCACUCGCAAGCACUUCGUUAACGGUGGCGUAGGGUGUACUUGAACACGAAGUAACGCAGGCAACCGGCAAGCUUGGUGAAGGGGUUGGAUACCAAGUGCCUGGAGAGGAAGGGGCGGAUGGCCACGAUUGCACAGGCUGGCCAUCACGAGCAACGAUUGACUCCCGCGAAUGUCGUGAGAUGGUUCUGGUAUGCUGUGUAGCGGCUGGGUGGUGUGGCUUGACGAUGUCCGCUUGUAUCUUCAGUAGGUUACCAUCCUGUUCAGAUUGAUGUAAGCAUGUGGCUGCACGACGACAAACAGCCGUGAAAGGAGUGUGCCACCUAUCUGAUGGUGGGGGGGACGCCAGGACGCGAGCAAGGGUGCUGGGACUGUCCCCUCUGUAACAUCCGCAUUCA